AUGUGGCGUCGCACGGCCCAUCUUGCACGCACACCUGUCAGCGCGUUCCUACACGAGCCGUCCCAGCGGAAGACGUUUGAGGAGACAUUAGCGCAAUGCAGCGCGAAUGGAACGGAUAUGGCGAGCAGCCUGACAUCUGACUUUGCCUCUCUUCAGUCAAAGUUGUUGAAGUAUCGAAUUGUUCGUCUGCGGGACGAGCUGCAGUACGUGCGGCAUAAUCCUUUAGCUAGUCUACCCUCCCCUGGUGACCUGUUAAAGCACACGGUGUUGCUGACGCUAGUCUUUCUUUUAUUUCGGAACCUCGGCCGUCUUUCUUUCCGCCCGCUGGAGCCGGUGACAGAUCCUGCCGACGCAACGACAACAGAAACGACGGAGAUGAAUACAACGGCAGGAAAUAAUUAA